AUGCUGGUUAUACUGGUGAAAGUAGCAAAGCUGCUGGAUAUAAAGAAAAAGCUGAUAAAAACCUUGACUGAAUUGAACAAUGAAGCCGAAAGAGAAAGUAUACUUACGGAUAAGUACACACCUAUAUUUCAAGAACGAUACGCACGAACUGUUGUUGAUUUGGAGACAGUCAAUCGACAAGUGAAUAUCUACCUGAAUGGUAUACAAGAAUAUAACUCGCAACUGCUUCCACAACUCAGCGAGGUGAGCAUUAGUGCUCGUCCAGAAGCACUGCGCCGGAUGUGUACCUCACAUGCUAAUCAGAUCUUUAAACAUUGCAAUCGUGACUUGAACGUAUCCAAUCCACAAGCAGUUCGGCUUAUCACUGCCUUAACAUCACUUUUAUUACAGAUCCGCUCACUUGGACAACAAAAAAUGACCCCAAUGGAUCUCACCUCUUUGAACGAGUCUAUUAAUGAAAUUCGUCUAAUGGUAGUAAUUUCCGCUCUGAAUCGAACUGUUUCUCAAUUACAAAAAAAAAAAAAAAAUGUUGUAACGGAGACAACGAUUGUGGGAUGGUCACGUUUAAUAUUUUCUGAGAUAUAGUC